AUGCCAAGACUUCUAGCAACACAGUCGCACGUCGUGCACGGAUUUGUGGGCAACAAAGCGGCCACGUUCCCGCUGCAAUGCAAAGGUUGGGACGUUGACUGCGUCAACAGCGUCCAAUUUUCGAACCACACCGGAUAUGGCAUGGAAAGAGUAUUUGGAACGUCCACUUCUGCUCAGGAGCUAGAAUCGGUAUUCCAAGGUCUCAAAUCCUUCCAAGACUACGAUGCCAUGCUGUCAGGAUACCUGCCCAAUCGUGAAUCGGUGGUCUGCAUGGCGAAAAACCACUCCGAAAUGAAAAAAAGAGAUCCACGGCUGAUGUGGCUGUUGGACCCAGUUAUGGGCGACGACGGCGAGUUGUACGUCAACGAAAACGUUAUACCGGAAUACAAGCGUCUGGUGGAAUCGUCAUUGGUGGAUGUCAUCACUCCAAACCAGUUCGAACUCGAAAUCCUAUACGGGGCGAAAAUCCAGACCGUUCAAGAGCUCCAAAAGGCACUGGAUUCUUUGCACCAAACUGUGCCCGUAAUUGUCGUCACCUCGUGCUCUGUGGAACUGUUCCAGGACCCGAAAAACUUGUACUGCGUUGCAUCCAUGCGGAACCAGCCAGCGGCCGUUUAUAGAGUCCCAGUCAUAGAUUCGUAUUUCACCGGGGUAGGGGAUCUUUUCUCUGCGCUAUUGAUCGACUCCAUCUAUAACAUGCGUGAAGCUUCUGGCGAUGCUGGCCGUUUGGACUUGAAUGGUGUCCUGGCAACCGUGCAUAACGUACUCGACGUCACUUUGCAGCAUUCGCCUAAGAAUUUGAAAGCAUCCAUCGGUUCACCGCUCACAAUGAAACAAAUGGAACUGCGUAUCAUCGAAAGCAAGAAAUGGUACAACACCACGGCGGAGACCAAAGACUUCUACGUUGGCCGAUUGAACGAUAUAUAG